CAGAGCCUGCCUCGCUCACAUCCAUGGCGACGUCUUCAAGCUCCACCUCCUUCCCCUCGUCACCAUUUGCACACAGCGUCACCGAGAAGCUCACGAGAGGGAACGAGGCGCUAUGGCGCGCAACCGUGCUCUCGGCGAUCAGGGGGCGCAAAUGCAAGGCUACUCGACAUCGACCAGGUAGUGCCCCCUCUUAACGUUGAAGUCACCUCCGACGAUGGCAAGACCAAGUCGAAGGCACCCAACCUGGAGUUCUCCGCGUGGUACGCGAAGGAUCAACAGGUGUUCUCCUACCUGUUGUCCUCCCUGCCGCGCGAGAUGGCCAUCCAAGUAGCAACCUGCCACACCGCCGCCGAGCUCUGGAACACGGUGCAGGGGAUGCUAGCCUCACACACCCGCGCCCGCACCGUCAACGUCAGAAUUGCACUGGCGAAUCUUCAGGAGGGCAACUCCAACAUCACUGAAUAUGUUGGUAAGAUUAGAUUUUUAUGUGAUGAACUUGUUGCUUCAGGAAAGAAAGUAGAUGAGGAGGAUGUUGUGUCUCAUAUCCUUGUUGGACUCGAUGAGGAGUUCGACCCCGUGGUUUCUGCCAUGUGCUCUCGAGUUGAGCCGGUGACCGUCCCCGAGCUGUACUCGCAGCUUUUGAGCUUCGAGACACGUAUGAAUCUGCGCGGCGGGUCCUCCCAGUCCUCUGCAAACGCGGCCUCCCGCGGACGCUCCAACAAGCAGAACAACAGCAACGGCGGCGGCGGUGGUGACCGCAGCCGCAACUUCCCCAGGCAAGGCGGUGGCGGCGGCGGUGGUGACCGCGGCUGCGGCAACUUCAACAAGCAGCCGAACCGCGGCAACAUGGGGGGCAACAACGGUGGUGGCGGCGGGAACUACAACAACAAUCCCGCUGCCAAGGUUGCUUGUCAGAUCUGCGGCAAGCUCUCGGGCAUCCAACAUGGAAGUGCUGGAAGCGCUACGACUCCUCCUAUCAAGGAGGGGAAGAGCGCUCGGUGAACGUGGCGGCGGCUCCCCAAUACGACGUGGACACGAACUGGUAUAUGGACAACGGAGCCACUGACCAUAUCACCAGCGACUUGGAGAAGCUGACCGUCCGGGAGAGGUACACCGGCGGCGAACAAAUCCACACCGCAAAUGGAUCAGGAUCUGGAAACGAGGAGGGUCCUUCUUCGAGGCAGGGGUAGAGGAGGUCUCUAUCCUGUCAAACACACCAGAGGAAACGUCAGGAAGCAAGUGCUAAGUGUCACUAGACCAUCUUUGGACGGGUGGCACCGACGUUUUGGUCACCCAUCUUCCAUUGUUGUUAGGAAUAUUCUUAGUGAAAAUAAACUCCCGUGUGAUAGUAAUAAUGAGAAUAAUCUUGUUUGUGACGCAUGCCAAAAAGGCAAAAGUCACCAGUUGCCUUAUCCAAAAUCUUUUAGUGAAUCAAAGUUUCCUUUGGAACUCAUUUUCUCUGAUGUAUGGGGUCCUGUCAUUGAAACCGUAGGAAGAAAAAAAAUAUUACGUGAGUUUCAUUGAUGAU